AUGGUCAACUGGGAGCAGGUCUUUACAGAAGGACGUCGCCAGGGCGCUUUAAAGCAUAAUCAUGGCGUCACCUCGAGACGUCAGCCCUCACCACCCAUCGACAUUGGUCCUGUCAUGGAUGUCAUCCCCAGGCCUCCUCAGGAAACAGUCGGCGUCCUUGCUGCAGACCAUCAGCACGCUGAUAGAUCACCCGCCACAAUGAACAUCUACAACAUCAAUUGCCCUCGUGGCAAUGUUGAUAUGAGACAGGAGGUUCACAGGGUGACAACGAGUAACAUAGCCCAGUCCAGUGCUGCGGCUUUGAUACCGACGGUUGCUGUGGCGGAGGCGGAGGCGGAGGAGGAGACUGGGCAAGAUGUUGGCACAGGCCAGCAAGAAGCAGAUACGCAGUCGGCACUCAAGAAGAUCAGAAAUGUCAUCUGUGGUGCUGGGUUCGCAGCGAGUAUGUCUGCAUCUUUUGUACUGCACCCUUUAAUCCUCCGGAUACUUGGCUUCCUUGGAUUCUUUGUUUUCGUCUUCGGCUUCUUCACUUUCCUCCUUACCGCUUGGUUUGGCUGGGCACGAGUUUUCACCACAUUCUUGACCAUCUCAUCGAUCUUUCUACCUUAUGUAUCCUUUGGGGUGCCCCUAGCUGUGUCUCACGCCGAAUCCACCGCCACUACAGCCACGGACACCUUCACCCUCACAUUCCGUCGGCCCAUCCCAACCGCCGAAGCAAAUGUUAUGCCAACAGCUCUUGCAGGAUGGCGGGACAGUGCCAAAGUGGUAGGAGUCCUGCUGGACGAUGACUUUCUCCAAGGAAGCAUUCUUAAAGCCCAACAGAGUGCUGAAGAGUUCCGCGAGUUCAAUCAACAGUUCAUACCCGGCAUGGAAACAAGAAGCACACAGCAAUACGCGCUGUUGCAAUCUCUUGCACGCGAUAUCAAAGAUGCGAUAGCACGGCACGAUGAGCGGGUCGGGACAACAAGAUGGUGGUGGCAAGCCGAGCCCAGUCUCAAACAAGACGCGCUCAACUUCCAGAAGCGGUUUCUAGCACUGGUGGAUGACAUCCGCGGCGCUCGUGGGCAGGAGCAAGAUGAGCUGGAAGCCCUCCUGAAGAACACAAGUAUGCGUAUUGGAAUCUGCGAGGCGAGUGUAAGAUGUGAUCAACAUGCAGCUUCCAUUCCGAGAGAGCUUGGUGCUUUGGCACAUAUCCUCUGUUCCAGUGGGAGGAGGACCACGCACCGAUGGGGGGAUGUUGGGCAGGUCAUCAGCAAGUUUAAAAGGAGACUCGAUCGAUACCCUGGCAUUGUCCGGGGUUUGUUAGAAAAGUCGCAGUCGUCGAGGGGUGUGUGUGUGGACCUUUUGGGGUAUUCGGAGAGGAUUAUGAAUGAUAUUGUUAAGUUGUCUGAUAUGGAAGAGGAGAUUUGA